CUGCAGCAGCUUCUCGAAGAACAUAAGAAGAGUGUGAGGAGGAGAUGUGAACGUAUGACUGAAGGAAGUGAUGAAGCAGGAGGAGGAAGCCUCCUCAACAGGAUCUACACUGAGCUCCACAUCACAGAGGGACUCAGUGAGGAGCUUCAGAGGGAACCUGAGCUGCAGCAGCUGGAGACAGCUUCCAGGAAGGAGAGCCUCCAUCACACUGCCAUCAGGGUUCAGGACAUCUUCAAAGCCUCGGCCCAGCAGCACACACACAUCCGAGUGGUUGUGACCAGCGGCGUGGCCGGCAGUGGAAAAACCUUCUCAGUGCACAAGUUCAGUCUGGACUGGGCCGAGGGCCUGGAGAACCAGGAUGUCAGUGUGCUGGUGGUGCUCUCCUUCGGGGAGCUGAACCUGCUGGGAGAGCAGCCGUACAGCCUCCUCUCGCUGCUGGCUGUUUUCCAUUCCACGCUCCAGAAGCUGACGGCAGAGGAGCUGGCCGUCUGCAAGCUGCUCUUCAUCUUUGACGGCCUGGAUGAAAGCAGACUUUCUCUGGACUUCAGCAGCAGCCGGCGGCUGGUUGACGUCUCCCAGCAGUCUUCAGUCGGCGAGCUGCUCACUAACCUCAUCCGGGGGGAUCUGCUGCCCUCGGCUCGGGUCUGGAUCACUUCCCGACCGGCGGCGGCCCAUCAGAUCCCUCCAACAUGUGUGGACAGACUGACAGAAGUGCGAGGCUUCACUGACGCCCAGAAGGAGGAGUACUUCAGGAGGAGGCUGAGUGAUGAGGAGCUGAGCAGCAGAAUCAUCUCCCACAUCCAGACCUCCAGGAGCCUCCACAUCAUGUGUGGAAUCCCAGUCUUCUGCUGGAUCACUGCUACAGUUCUGGAGCACAUGUUGAGCACCGAGCAGAGAGGAGAGCUGCCCCAGACCCUGACUGACAUGUACUCCCACUUUGUGCUGGUUCAGACUCACAGGAAGAAGCUCAAGUACCAUGAAGGACCUGAGACGGGUCCACAGGGGCUGACGGAGGCUGACAGGGAGCUUCUUCUGAAGCUGGGCAGGAUGGCCUUGGAACAUCUGGACAAAGGAAACGUGGUGUUCUACCAAGAAGACCUGGAGCAGUGUGGUCUGGAUGUGACUGAGGCCUCGCUGUACUCUGGAAUCUGUACUCAGAUCUUCAAGAGAGAGUCUGUGAUCUUCCAGAAAAUUGUCUACAGCUUCGUCCAUCUGAGUGUUCAGGAGUUUCUGGCUGCAGUCUUCAUGUUCCACUGUUUCACCAAUAGGAGGACAGAUGAGCUGAAGACCUUCUUUGGGGAGGAACAUGCUUUCACAUCUCUCGAUGUUUUCCUGAAGGUCGUCCUUCAUAAAUCUCUCAGAAGUCCAAACGGCCACCUGGACCUGUUCGUCCGCUUCCUUCAUGGACUCUCUCUGGAAUCCAACCAGAGACUCUUACAAGGUCUGCUGGGUCAGACAGAGAUCAGUCCAGAAACCAUCCAGAAAGUCAUCAAGAACCUGAAGAAGAUCAAUAGUGGAGAAAUAUCUCCUGACAGAAGCAUCAACAUCUUCCACUGUCUGAUGGAGAUGAAGGACCUCUCAGUACAUCAGGACAUCCAAGAGUUCCUGAAGUCAGAGAACAGAUCAGAGAAAGAACACUCUAAGGUCCACUGCUCAGCUCUGGCCUACAUGCUGCAGAUGUCAGACCAGGUCCUGGAGGAGUUGGACCUGGAGAAGUACAACACAUCAAAGGAGGGACGACGGAGACUGAUCCCAGCUGUGAGGAACUGCAGGAAGGCUGAUCUUUCUCGAUGUGGACUCUCUGAUCCUCACUGUGAAGUGAUCUCCUCAGCUCUGAGCUCUGACCCCUCCCAUCUGAAACAUCUGGACCUGAGUCACAACAACCUGAAAGAUUCAUCAGUGAAGAUUCUGAGUGCUGGACUGGAGAGUCCAAACUGUAACCUGGAGACUCUGAGGUUGAGGAGCUGCAGGUUGUCAGAGAUCAGCUGUUCUUCUCUGGUCUCAGCUCUGAAGUCCAACCCCUCCCUCCUGAAACAUCUGGAGCAUCUGGACCUGAGUGAGAACCCUCUGCAGGAUUCAGGAGUUGAGCAGCUGUGUGGUUUUCUGCAGAGUCCAGACUGUGGCCUGAAGACUCUGAGCUUGGAGAGCUGCAGUUUGUCAGAGAUCAGCUGUUCUUCUCUGGCCUCAGCUCUGAAGUCCAACCCCUCCCUCCUGGAACAUCUGGAACUUCUGAACCUGGGCAGGAACCAUCUUAAGGAUUCAGGAAUUGAGCAGCUGUGUGGUUUUCUGCAGAGUCCACUCUGUGGUCUGCAGACUCUGGGGUUGUGGGGCUGCAGUUUGUCAAAGAUCAGCUGUACUUCUCUGGCCUCAGCUCUGGCU